GGAAUGAGAUGGCAGAGAGAAUGGCCUACUUUGGGCUGUCGGUGAAUAUGGUGGCAUUCAUGUUCUAUGUCAUGCACCGACCAUUUACUAGCUCUGCUAAUGCAGUGAACAACUUCCUUGGGAUAUCACAAGCUUCAUCUGUGCUUGGUGGUUUCCUUGCUGAUGCCUUUCUUGGUAGAUACUGGACGAUAGCGAUAUUCACAACAAUCUAUCUUAUUGGUUUGACGGCAGUAACCUUAAUUGCUACAGUGGGCGUCUUCAUGCCUAAUCAAUCCCAUUGUGACCAGUUGUCCAUACUACUUGGAAGUUGUGAGCAGCCCAAGCCAUGGCAGAUGACUUACCUUUAUACAGUUCUUUACAUAACAGCUUUUGGAGCUGCGGGUAUCAGGCCUUGUGUCUCUUCAUUUGGUGCAGACCAGUUCGAUGAGAGAAGUAGAGAUUAUAAGGCCCACUUGGAUCGAUUCUUCAACCUAUUUUAUCUUUCAGUUACCAUUGGGGCAAUUGUGGCCUUCACGAUGGUGGUGUAUAUUCAAAUGAAAUAUGGCUGGGGUUCUGCCUUUGGUUCUUUGGCCAUUGCAAUGGGCAUUUCAAACGUGAUCUUCUUUGUUGGCACACCCCUCUAUCGGCAUAGAUUGCCUGGAGGCAGUCCUCUUACUCGUGUUGCGCAGGUCUUGGUUGCUGCUGCUAGAAAGAGAAAUGUUUCCUUCUCUCAUAGUGACUUCCUAGGCCUGUAUGAAAUCCCUGGCAGAAGAUCUGCUAUCAAAGGAAGUGGCAAGAUUGAACAUACUGAUGAAUUCCGGUGUUUAGAUAAGGCUGCUUUGCAACUGAAGGAAGAUGGUGUAGAACCCAGUCCCUGGAAACUUUGCACUGUAACUCAAGUUGAGGAAGUUAAGACACUUAUAAAGCUUCUACCUAUUCCUGCCUGCACAAUAAUGCUUAGUGUUAUCCUGACAGAGUUCCUGACCCUCUCAGUCCAGCAAGCAUACACGCUAAAUACCCACCUGGGACAUCUAAAGCUCCCAGUUACCUGCAUGCCUGUGUUCCCCGGUCUCAGUAUCUUCCUCAUCUUAUCUCUCUACUAUUCUACCUUUGCACCACUCACCCGCAGAAUCACCGGGCACCCUCAAGGUGCAUCCCAACUUCAAAGAGUUGGCCUUGGCCUUGCCGUAUCUAUACUCUCUGCAGCAUGGGCUGGUCUUUUCGAGAGGUAUCGAAGAAACUAUGCCAUCAAACACGGAUACGAGGCUCUUUUCUUGACUCAAAUGCCUAGUUUGAGUGCUUACUGGUUGCUGAUUCAAUACUGUCUUAUUGGAAUAGCUGAGGUCUUCUGCAUUGUCGGUCUUCUUGAAUUCCUUUAUCAGGAGGCUCCUGAUGCUAUGAGGAGUAUUGGGUCUGCUUAUGCUGCCAUUGCUGGAGGAUUGGGCUGCUUUGUUGCUACCAUAUUAAACAACAUUGUAAGAUCAGUGACAGGAAAUGAGGCUGGAGGACGCCCAUCUUGGUUAUCACAGAACAUAAAUACUGGAAGAUUCGAUUACUUGUACUGGCUUCUGGCUGUGCUGAGCGUGAUAAAUUUCUCUGCUUUUCUGUUCUUUGCCAACCGCUAUGAGUACAGGUCAAAGAUGAUAGCGGAAAUGCAAGGGGAAUUGAAACCGAACGCUGAUGGUUAGGGGAGUCACACGAGGCAGGUUUGGUAUCCUAAAUUUAUACUAGAAUUAUUUUAUUAAUUGUGUUGGCUUAUUUUGUACUCCUGUGACUUUGAUGAGGGUAUUUUUUUGGCCUAUUUUAAAAAGGAAACACCUCAAUCCAGAGAGAUAAAUGCAGGUGGACAAAAUAAUGUCUUAAAAAGAUUAGUUGAUCAUAUAUUGAAAUUGCUGCCUUUCUGUUGUUUA